CGCAACAAAACCAAAGGAGGAAAAACUAGCUGGUCGGAUCGGAACCGAAGCCGCCUGCUCUUCAGAGAUUUUUUGGUUUUGCUUGGAGGCGAAACCCCUCAUUUACUUGCUUACCCAGUUCCAAGUCUCCUUUAUAAUCCUUGUAACCGUUAAGGCUUAGAUCAACCUUUUAGAUUUGCUUUUGUUUUUGGCCUUAUCUCCAAACCUAGAGAGCUUCAGUCACCAGGAACAAAUAACUAAACAACGUCCAACAGCAAACUCUAUCAGCCGAAAUACCGACGUCGUUGCCCACCGCCGAUGCCGGCCUCUCUUACGAGCCUCGCACGUUGCACGUUUCAUGGCCUCUUACCGUAACUUCAUUACUAUCGACAAUAACCCGCACAGGUUGAGUUGGCGCCGCCCGGUAUGCCUUCUCGCUCUGCUUCACUUGAUCAACAAGACAACCACGGUCUCGUGGUACGGGUGCCUGACAGUGCUUCGGGUGCAGCCGAUAAUAAGAAGAAUGACGACUCUACAGAGGACCCUACCGUCCAGCAGCCGCGCGACCCUGUAGAGUUCAAGGAAGGCGGCUAUGGAUGGGUCGUCGUUGGAUGUGUCUUUCUCACCAAUGCUCACACCUGGGGCUUGAAUUCAUCCUACGCCGUCUUCCUUGCAUACUACCUUCACUCUGGAGCAUUUCCUGGCGCCAGCCCGAUUGACCUGGCUUUCGUCGGCGGCUUAUCCUUUUCUGUGGCUCUGCUCAUUUCCCCGAUCGUCACCUUUUGCAUCCCCCGCAUCGGAACCCAAGCUUCUCUCGGCAUCGGCGUCGUGGUCCAAGCCGUCGCCCUUAUCGGCGCCUCGUUCACGACUGAAAUAUGGCAUCUCCUCCUCUCUCAAGGCAUCGGCUUCGGCGUGGGAAUGGGGUUCACCUUCAACUCCACCGUCGGUCUCGUUCCUCAGUGGUUUGUUGUCCGCCGUUCAUUCGCCAACUCCAUCGCUACCGCCGGCUCCGGCUUUGGUGGCCUCAUAUAUUCACUUGGCACCAACGCCAUGAUCCGUAACAUUAGCCUGCCAUGGGCGUUUCGCAUCCUUGCGAUUUUAUCCUUCACCGUCAACGGUGCCUGCUGUCUGAUGGUCAAGGACCGCAACAAGGCUCUCGGCAGCGUGCACAUACCAUUUCACAAGGACAUCUUCAAAAGGGGUGAAUUUUGGCUGUGUUUGUCUUGGGGCUUUUUUGGGUUGUUCGGAUAUGUGAUAUCUGUCUUCUCGCUAGCGGACUAUGCCCAGACUGUUGGCUUCAGUGCCAGUCAGGGGUCGAUCGUAUCGGCGGUAUUUAAUUUAUCUCAGGGUAUCGGACGCCCCGUCAUCGGCCUAGUCAGCGAUCGCUUCGGCCGCAUCAACGUUGCUGGGCUUGGCACCCUUAUCGCUGGCCUCGCAACAUUCUUCAUCUGGAUCUUCGCCGGGAAGCACGCCGUGGGCAUCAUCUUCUUCGCACUUUUCGGCGCCUUUUCUGGCGUGCUCUGGACGACCGUCGCACCUGUUGCUGCCGAAGUUGUCGGAAUCCAGCUCCUCCCGUCGGCAAUGUCCUUAUUCUGGAUGGUUCUCGUCAUCCCAGCAACCUUUGCCGAGCCUAUUGCUCUGACGAUCAAGACUUCCGGUAUCGACGCCUACUUGAACGUUCAGGUGUUCACGGGCUUUAUGUACAUUGCGGCCUUCCUAUCAAUCUGGUUUCUUCGCGUUUGGAAAAUCCGGCAAUUGGAGAAAAUUGCUCUGUCGGAAGAACAGGAAGAAGAUGUCCUGCACAACAACGAUGCUGCCUCUUUGACGACUUCGCGACGCACUAGGCCUAAGCUAAGCAUCAUCAAGUCUAUAUGGAAAGGCAUGCUAAAUGUGCAGCGUGUUUGAAAAAAUACUCUCCGGAGAACAAGUCAAUAGUUAAUUAUUCUGUAUAAUGUCCAGUAGAAUCAAUACUGGUGUACUACACACCUGAGUAUGUUAUUGUUCAAUUUCCCUCAUCUCAGCCCAUCAGCCUCCAGAACCCAGGGAUAAAGCUCGCCAUCAACCCUCGAAUCACUCUAUAUAAGAUUUCAAAACCAUAUCUCGAAAAGCCCUUCUUGGCCAGAUUUGAAGUAACACCAACCGCCCCAAUCUCUUCAUACGCCUCGUUCAUCGCCAACUCUGCAAACGCUGCGCCGAGGUCUGCAUACGACACUGCAAGGCCUACCGACUCAGCGCUAAUGGUAUACCCGCUCUCUUCUUCCUCAAUAAUUGCCGGUGGCUGUAUGAGCAGCAACUUCAACAGUUCCGGCUCGGAUUGCAAUGUCUCGUGCGCCCUGAGAAGGUCUGCGU